ACGUUGAAAAUAAUAUUUUUAUACACUGCAUUCGAUUUUUUGUUAAGCGGUUUCAGUGUGUAUGCAUCUUGACCUAUGUGUGCACACAUGUGUGUGAGUGUGUCUGUUUGCACUUAUACACACACAUAUGUUAAUGUGUAUAUUUCUUGCAUAAAGUGCAAGUAAAUCUGAGCUGCCAGAGUCAUAAAUUGUGUGGCACACACGACACAGAUGUUUUAAAAUGAAAUGGAUCCAUUGAUAAAAUAUUAAUUAAUAGUUUAAUUGUCGAGUGCAUUCGAUACACGAUAUAAGAUUAAUACUUUUUAUUUUAUAAUCUGUGAAAUAAAAACGAAACGCCGUGCGCCGACGCUCUGGCAACCUUGUUGUUGAGCAGCUUGUUUAUAUGUCUCACCGCUCACACAUGACGCGCUCUCGCUCACACUGGUCCGAUCGCUUGGCGGAAAUGUUGAAGAAUUUGUCGGCCUGCUCUUUGUAGUCAUUGUUGUUGCUGCAGAUGCGUGGGUACCAGAGCUGAAACCAGUUUGUCGCCUGUUUAAUAUUUUAUUUUGUGUACCUUCUUUUAUUCUUUUUAUCAAUUGCUGAGUGCUAAAUGCCUCGAAAAUUGAAUGCACACCAACGCGCCAAACUGUAAAAAUGCAAACUCUCUAUAUAUGUGUGUAUAUUGUGUAUGUGUGUGCCUGCAUAUAUAAUUAAUCAAAACGAAAUUGUUGCUGGGCACAGCGAAAAGAAAAUUUAUUUAAAACCCAUUUGCUGCUGCUGUUGCUGCUGCAAAAUCAAUUUCAUGGAAAUUGCAAUGCAAGUGUAAAAAUAUUUCGCGAACAUUCAAAAUAAUACAACUUAAAUGUGUUAACAGUUAUUUAAAAGGACUUUUUUCUGUGCGGCUUGGCGAGUAAAUUGCCAGCGGUUGCCAGUUGGAUCAACAAACUCUCCCUCUCUCUUUUUCACUCGGAGCGUCUGUCGGCAGGCAAUAAAAAAAGUAAUAAUCCAAUUGAGGUUUGGGCAGACCAGUGUGCCCACACCCAAAAACAAAAAACCAGAAUGCAAGUGCAAUUGAUUCCUUUGCUGGCGCUGCUGCUGCUGGCAUGCGCAGCCCAACAAAUUGCUGGGGACUACGAAAACACAUGGAACUUCUACUACGAACAGCCCUGUUGCGCCUCCAACGAACCCUCGAACUAUGCGAGACACAAGCGAGAUCAUGUGCGCGAAUUCACAUGCGGCAAGCUCUACUACCGCACGUUCCACUUGAGUGAGGAGCGCGACUCGCUGUAUGUUGGCGCCAUGGAUCGUGUAUUCCGUUUGAAUUUGCAAAAUAUAUCCUCUUCCUAUUGUGAUCGCGAUGUCAUAAACCUGGAGCCAACUCGCGAUGAUGUCGUCAGCUGUGUGUCCAAGGGCAAAAGUCAGGUCUUUGAUUGCAAGAACCAUGUGCGCGUCAUACAAUCAAUGCAGCAAGGCGAUAGGCUCUAUGUUUGCGGCACCAAUGCACACAAUCCCAAGGAUUAUGUCAUCUAUUCGAAUUUGACACAUUUGCCGCGCUCGGAGUAUGUGAUCGGCGUGGGAUUGGGCAUUGCAAAGUGUCCCUAUGAUCCCUUGGACAACUCAACGGCCAUUUAUGUGGAGGAAGGUAAUCCAGGCGGACUGCCUGGCCUGUACUCGGGCACAAAUGCGGAAUUCACCAAGGCUGAUACUGUGAUCUUUCGAACGGAUUUGUAUAAUACGUCAGCAAAGCGCCUGGAAUACAAAUUCAAGCGCACGCUCAAAUAUGAUUCCAAGUGGUUGGACAAACCCAACUUCGUGGGCUCCUUUGACAUUGGCGAGUACGUGUACUUCUUUUUCCGGGAAACGGCCGUGGAGUACAUUAACUGCGGCAAGGCGGUCUAUUCGCGCAUCGCGCGUGUCUGCAAGAAGGAUGUGGGCGGCAAGAAUCUGCUGGCCCACAACUGGGCCACGUAUCUGAAGGCACGGCUAAACUGCAGCAUUUCGGGCGAAUUUCCGUUUUACUUUAAUGAGAUACAAUCGGUUUACCAGCUGCCCAACGACAAGACACGCUUCUAUGCCACGUUCACGACCAGCACCAAUGGCCUGAUUGGAUCAGCCGUAUGCAGUUUCCACAUCAACGAGGUGCAGGCCGCUUUCAAUGGCAAAUUUAAGGAGCAAUCCUCUUCAAACUCCGCCUGGCUGCCGGUGCUGAACUCCCGCGUGCCAGAUCCGCGACCCGGCACAUGUGUCAACGAUACCUCAAAUCUGCCAGAUACCGUCCUCAAUUUCAUACGCUCGCAUCCACUUAUGGACAAAGCCGUAAAUCACGAGCACAACAAUCCGGUCUAUUAUAAAAGGGAUUUGGUGUUCACAAAGCUCGUUGUUGACAAAAUCAAAAUCGACAUACUGAACCAGGAGUACACAGUUUACUACGUGGGCACCAAUCUGGGCCGCAUCUACAAAAUCGUGCAGUAUUAUCGGAAUGGCGAGUCGCUGUCCAAGCUACUGGACAUCUUCGAGGUGGCGCCCAACGAGGCCAUCCAGGUGAUGGAAAUCAGCCAGGCACGUAAGUCGCUCUAUGUGGGCACCGAUCAUCGCAUCAAGCAAAUCGAUUUGGCCAUGUGCAAUCGCCGUUACGACAAUUGCUUCCGUUGUGUGCGUGAUCCGUACUGCGGCUGGGACAAGGAGGCCAACACGUGCCGACCAUACGAAUUGGAUCUGUUGCAGGAUGUGGCCAACGAGACGAGCGACAUCUGUGACUCGAGUGUGCUGAAGAAGAAAAUCGUCGUCACCUACGGCCAGAGCGUGCAUCUGGGCUGCUUUGUGAAGAUACCCGAGGUGCUGAAGAACGAGCAGGUCACCUGGUAUCAUCACUCCAAGGACAGGGGACGCUAUGAAAUCAAAUACAGCCCCACCAAGUACAUUGAGACCACGGAGCGCGGCCUGGUUGUGGUGUCGGUGAACGAGGCCGAUGGCGGACGCUACGACUGCCACUUGGGUGGCUCGCUUUUGUGCAGCUACAACAUAACCGUCGACGCACACAGAUGCACGCCACCGAAUAAAAGCAACGACUAUCAGAAAAUCUAUUCAGAUUGGUGUCACGAAUUCGAGAAAUAUAAAACAGCCAUGAAGUCCUGGGAAAAGAAGCAAGCGCAAUGCUCGACUCGCCAGAACUUCAGCAGCAAUCAGCAUCCCAAUGAUAUCUUCCGCAAGAACAACGUUUGAUACCCCGACAAUAGCAUCACGGUCACCAUGCCCUCAUCCAUAUCCAUUAAGCGUUUCUACUAAGCCGUCAAGAGUUCCCAGACACAAAAGCAAAACAACUGCAUCAAAUCAAAUCGAAUCUUAUUGGAGUUAAUCAAACAUAAUAGACCGCCUACUUGGACUUAAGUUGCCACAUAGAUCAAUAUCCAACAUCGUCAUCAUCAUCAGUAUCUUCGCCAUCAUCGUCAAUCAAUCAUUAUGAUAAACUUAAGCAUGAACUCCUAGAAACUGCAUUUAUAUGAAUAUCUACGUACAUAUGUAUAGAGAACCUCUUCCAGUACAGUGCAUUUAUUCAACAUACUCGAUUAAUCGAUGAGAGCUGAUGAGAGAUAUUAAUAAAUAACUAAUACAAAAGAGACACUUGUCUAUGGCAUAUAGAUACAGAUACAGUUACAGUUACAGUUAAACAUAGCUAGCUACAAAAAGUGAAAUAAAAAUCAAUUUACAACUGCCGCUCGCAAACGCAAACAAUAUUUAAGUGGAAAUAAAAUCACUUCAUAUCGUUAUUAUAAACAUUUAAAUCUAAUUAAAAUAAAUACAAUUAAUUAAGCAUACUUAACGCAACGUUUCAAAAUGUUAAUAUGUAAUUCUAUCUUAAACUCAACUAAAAGCAAAACAAACGAACAAGUAUUACAAGUACAUAAACCUUAACACAUACAUAUAAAUCACAUUUCAAGCAUUUUA